GGAACAUGUUUUCUCCGCUGGCCGGCAUGCGUUCCUUCGUUCCACGCAUCCUCGUUCUCGUGAUGGGCACGCCGUCGCAGGACGACCCCUCGGGUCCCGUCAGGAAUGCGGCGUCAGCCGGUGUGACACUGUACCCCGUGGGCGUGGGACGCGUGGACGCCUCCCAACUCCGGGCCUACGUCUCAGACUCACGUGCGGGCUUCACCGCGCGCUCCUACGACGAGCUCACAGUCGUGGAGGCCGCCCUCGUGGAGGCGAUCUGUGCCAGCGGGAGAGGGAACGGUGGCACUGGUGGAGGCACUGUGGUUUACCCAGAUCCUCCAUCGGGCUGUCCUGCCCAAUGCCCAAGGGGAGAGAAAGGAGAAAUGGUGAAUUCAAGACGCCGCCUUUUGUUGCUACCAUGAGUGCUGUCGAUUUAUUGGCUGAUUGGCAGAAGAGGGAAGCCUGGUCAAGUAGGCGCCAGAGGAGAUCCGGGUCCUCAGGGUUUUCCUGGGAGCGGAGGCGAUGGAGGAGUCGUUUUAAAGGGACAGAAAGGAGAACAGG